UCGCUCGUAGCAUCCGUAGCCAGAUGAAAAUGUCACGAGCGCUACGAUUAGCUACGACUGCUACGAGAGCGCUACGAACGUGCUACGAAUUUAUCUACGUAGUUUUGUUCUUUUUCUUGAUGGUAAUGAAAUAAUCAUGUUUAUGGGAUGACGAUUACGUUUAUAGAGAACUUUAGGCAUGUUAAUGUUUCUGUGGAAAUGAGUUUGAUAAGGAAUUUAUUUGAUUUGAAAAUGAAUGGUUUGUUUUAAAGUGAGUAUGCGAUGAAAACUGCAGCGGUGUCAAAUAAAGGCAGUUGUUUGAAGUCAGGCUCGGAGCCAUCUCUCUGGCGACGGGAUCGAUGCGCGCCGCCACUCCGGCGCCACACGCCGCCGCCGCAGAGACACACCGGGGACAGCUGCCCAGUUAUACGAUAUAUUAUAAUCGCAAAUAUAUUUCGUUUGUAUGAAAAAUAUUCUAAAAUUUUACGAAAAUUCGUGAAAGAGUUUGAUAAAUAUCAGAGCCAAAAUAAAAAAUUAAACGACAUACUUAUGGUUUUAUAGGAAAAAAAAAGAAAUCAAAUAAUUCCAAUUCAUGUUCUUUAAAUGUCCGUAGCUGAGUCUGCUUUUCCCAAAUCACCUUCUGCUAACGUCAGCAGUUUUUGUGAUCAGAUUUUUUUAAACAAAAUGACGUGAACAGAGAACAUCACAAGUUUGUCUCUGUUGAGAAGAUCUCGGUGUGUCCCGGGCGCUCGGUUUUACUCUCGUCGCGGCGAGAGUGCUGGCACACACUCGCGGCCCGAGCGCUCGUAAACAAGCACCCUGUGUGUGCCGCACUCCCAACACCCUGUGCCAGUACCAUCACAGCACACACAGCCUACACAGCUGUACGCAACCUCGAAGCUCGUGCACCUUCUCCGUGGAAGCUGUGGUAUACCUCAUCAACUCGUUGGAGAUCAAGUGACCUUCAAUCUCAUAUGAGUGAUCAUCGAAAUGUUCUGAACAUGCUGAAGUUUUGAAUUUCAGAAAACAAGUUGUGUUUGUAACAACGUGAAAGGCUCGGGUAUGGCGGGCGCGGGGCGGGGCGCGGCGGCGGGGGCGGCGGGGGGCGUGCUGGCGCUGGAGGUGUGCGCGCCGCUGCUGCUGCUGUGCUGGCUGUGCUGCUGGCCCGACGACGCCAGCUCCGACAGUACAUCUGGCAAACACCCGCAGAGGCCCGUGCUGUCUCACGCUCACGAGUCGGGGUCUCGGAGGCGCUCCAGCGAGGUGCUCGGGCGGCGCGCCGGCAGCAGCGCGGUGUCGCUGCACCUGCCCAGCACCUCAGGCUACAAGAAGCCCCUGUCGGCGCACCGCAGUCACGAGGAGAUCGCGCGACGCAAGCUGUCGCAGGCGGAGGCGGAGGCCGAGGCGCGCUACCACUCCGCGCCCAGCGUCAUCGACGAGGUGCUGCACCGCCGCGCCUGGGAGCGCUCCGCCCGCGACCUGCGCGUGCCGCUGCACUCCCCCGACAGCCCCCACGCGCCGCGAGCCUCGCCCGAGUCCUCCCCCGACACCCCGCCCCACCCCGCGCCCCAACCCGCGCCGCCCGCCUGCAAGAAGCACCACUCCAACAUCAAGUGCUCGCGCCCCAACAAGGAGAAGCUCUCCACCGACAUCAAGGACGACGACGAGUCGCCCGGCUUCUACAUCGGCGAGAGCUCCCCCCUCCAUGGCAAUAUCGGCGGGGGCUCCCCCCGCCACAGCAACAACGACGAGCGCUGUGACGACACCCCCACCAGGUCGGCGCACAGAGGCAAGGACGACAAGCAAUCGCUGAACGAGUCUAUCCGCAGCCGCGAGCGUCGCGCCGUGCCCGACGAGCGGCACCCCGCCAGCCUGGGCUUCUGCCUGAGUGACGUCAUCGAGCAGCUGGACCGCCUGACGCCGCCGGACCGCUCGGGCGCCGCGCACCGCAGCGCCGAGUCCCGCGCCAGCACGCACCGCGCCUUCUACCCGCCGCCCUCCGCCGAGAGCGACCUGGAGCUGGAGCUGGAGGGCGCGGAAGAGCGGCCGCCGCCCUACCACGAGCUGCAGCAGCACGCCGCGCCCGACCGCAAGGAGACCGCCAUAUAGACGCCGCCUGACUGCAGCCCGCGCCAAUACACGUGCCAACCAACAAUUGGGAAACUACUUCAAUACAUUCUGAUUUUCACUCAAACUUACUACAUAAAAAUGUAUGUCUGUUGAAUUAAAAAAAAAAGUACAAUGAGGGUUUUCGAUAUUUUUUGUGCCGCCAGGCGGCGCUUCGUAUGCGUCAGGUCCAAACAGCUGUCAAAUAGUAUGGAAUUGUAGGGUGCGAACUUAUUGUUUAUUGAAAUUCUGUUAUAUUGGAAGUGUUAUUGAUUUUAUUAUGGACGACGGUCAGAAUAAGGUUUCCGAACUAAAAAUUGAGCUAAGAGAGAGGGUGCAAAAGUCACUGGUACUAAGGAAAAGCUUGUUGAAAAAUUUGUUAACACAAUAUGAUUUAGUUUUUUUUAUUUACUCAACCUCAAUAGUAAAACAAUAAUGCAGUGCUUUAAUUAUAAAAUAAAAAAAAACCGGCCAAGUGCGAGUCGGACUCGUGCACGAAGGGUUCCGUAAAUUACAGUUAAAUCAACCUAUCUCAAAAACUAUAAGAGAUACUUUGAUCAAACCAAAAAUCGUUGAAAGAGUUAAUUAGCAUGCAUCACCUCUAUUUUUUUUAGAAUUUUAUACCCCGUAGUUAUAAAAAUAGAGGGGGGGGGACAUACUUUUUACGACUUUGAGAGCUGAUAUCUCAAAAACCGUUCACUUUAAGAAAAAUGUUUUUUAGAAAACUUUAUAUCAUUUUAAAAGACCUUUCCAUUGA